AUUUGCCUGAAAAGAAAAAUAAACUUUAAAAAAUGUCGAAAAGGCCCAUGAAAUGGUUAAAGCCUUUGACGUUCAUCGCCAACGAGUCAAAUGACACUCAAAAUCGAAGUCAAGGCGCCUCCAAAAGUUCGUUUACAACUUUUCGGCGCAGUUUUAGCGAUUCAGCAGCAAAUACUAUCGAUCUCACAUUCGAUGAUGACGAAAUUCCUUUCAAAAAAGCGAAACUCGAUGUAAUUUCUCAAAAAGACAUCAUACAACAAAUUACCCCAAAGUCAUCGGAAGAUCUCGUAAUUCACGCAAAAAAGUUGGAAGAAGUCAAAGGAUGGUUCAACGAAGUCGCUCGUUUGCAAAACAUUCGAAAAAAUCCCAUUUUGCUCGUUACGGGACCCUGUGGAUCGGGAAAACUCUCCGCUGUGAAGAUAAUCGCGCAAGAAAAUGGCUUCGAUGUGCACGAAUAUGUUGUUCCAUUGGAUAUUGAAGUGCCUGAGAACGAAAAUCAAGAAGUUGGGGAAAUCAGAAAAUACGGCACAAAACAAGGGCAAAUGGAAAGUUUGAUGAAAUUUUUGCGACAAACAUCCCGUUUUGGAACAAUUUUCAACAAAGCGAAGGAAAAAAAGUUAAUUGUCUGUAAAGAUAUUCCAAAUGUCUUCUGUGAUGAGCCUGAAAUGUUUCAACAAGUACUCGAAGAUUAUUCAAAAACAGGUCGUUCACCUUUAGUUUUCAUCACGAACGACUCAAACAGCAAAAAAUUGAAUCUCAAUUACAAACUUUUUAACGACGAAACCAUGCAAAAGUUCAAAAUCGCUCAAAUCACAUUUAAUCCCGUCUCGUACAUGCAAAUUAACAAACAUCUCAAGGCAGUUGCUUCGAAAAUGUCCAAAUUUCGAGAUUCUUUCAACACACCGACGAACGAAAUGAUCGAAUCUGUAAUUGUUUCGUCGCAGGGUGACUUACGAAAUGCUACAAUAAAUCUUUUGUUCGCAUGUCAGAAAGGAGCAGUCAAUAUGGGAAUGGAAAUGGAGCCAAGCAAGUUGACGGAGAAGAAAAAAGCGAAAAAAUACAAAGGUUUGGGCACGGAUGAGAAUAUUACGAUGAUGCAUCUUUUGGGAAAAGUCUUUAAUCCGAAGUAUGAGACAAAAGACAAUCAAUUAACUCUCACAAACGACCCCGAAUACCUCACAGAUUUGUUUUCAACUCAAGCCAACACUUGUACAAAGAUGAUUUUCGUCAAUUAUAUUGAACGUUUCACGAAAAUGGAGGAUAUCGCAUCAGCUUUAGACCUCCUCAGCUUAUCUGAUGUCAUGAUGAAUGACUGGCGUGAUGAUACUUUGUCUCUUUUGGGACUAAAUAUCGCCAUUCGAGGUACAAUGGUAACGAAUACAGAGCCUGUUACGGGCUACAAAGGCAAAAUUAAGGGAUUUAAGAACACUUUUGUGACAAAAAAUGAUGCAAAAAGCGAAAAAUCGAAGAAAAAUCCAAAUUCUGAUGCUUAUGGCAUGAAUGCAACUCACAAAACAUGGACUUCAGAGGAUCUACCAAAAGCAACUUUCAUCUGUGAUUGUUCAACCUUCGCGAAAAUCAUCAAAAGUCAUCGUAACGAGUCCCUUUUGGAUCUUGAUAUAUCCGUAUUUGAUGAUGAAAUGAACCAAAUUGAAGAUUUUAGUGAUGAUGAUGUCGAUUUGUUAUAGAAAAAAAUAUUUUUUAAUGAAAAAAUUGUAAAAU